ACUGACAGGGAACGGAUCGCCAUGCACAGGGUUCGGGUAGUGCUGGGCCACCUGCCGGCUAAUUCUCGAGGAGUAUGGGCAGAGAACAGCUCAGCGUCCGCGGACAAGUCCCAGGACAUUGUUAUAGUUGCCGGCCGGAGGACCCCCAUCUGCAAAGCGAAAAGAGGCGCCUUUAAGGAGACGACCCCUGAUGAGCUGCUUUCCACUGUAAUGACCGCUGUCCUGAAGGAUGUGAAUGUGAGCCCUGAGCUGCUGGGAGAUAUCUGUGUGGGAAAUGUAUUACAGCCGGGAGCUGGGGCAUUGGUUGCAAGGAUCGGUCAGUUUUUAAGUGGAAUUCCUGAGAGUGUUCCUAUACAUGUAGUGAAUAGACAGUGCUCCUCAGGUCUGCAGGCUAUCAUCAACGUUGCAGGUGGCAUCAGAAAUGGGUCAUAUGACAUUGGUUUGGCAUGUGGGAUGGAGUCAAUGAGCCUGAGAAGUGUAGGGAGUCCUGGAGAUAUCAGCUCUCGCACUAUGGACUUCAGUAAAGCCAGAGACUGCCUGAUCCCUAUGGGGAUUACCUCUGAAAAUGUUGCAGAAAAAUUCGGAGUCACCAGAGAAAAACAAGAUUCCUUGGCCCUGGCCUCCCAACAAAGGGCGGCAGCGGCUCAGAGAUCAGGGCGCUUUAAAGCGGAAAUCGUUCCUGUAACCACCACCUUUACCGACGAUCAGGGCAAUACCAAAACCAUAACGGUGACGGAAGAUGAGGGUGUUCGGGCAAGUACCACCAUGGAGGGUCUCAGCAGGCUAAAGCCAGCCUUCAAGGAAGGGGGAAGCACCACCGCCGGAAAUUCCAGUCAGGUCAGUGAUGGUGCUGCUGCAGUGCUGAUGGCUAAACGCUCUAGAGCUGAGCAGUUGGGGCUCCCCAUAUUGGGGGUACUGAGGUCAUUUGCAGUGGUUGGUGUUCCUCCUGAUGUCAUGGGGAUUGGACCAGCCUAUGCUAUACCUGCUGCUUUGCAGAAAGCAGGUUUAACUGUGCAUGACAUUGAUGUAUAUGAAAUUAAUGAAGCAUUCGCCAGCCAGGCUGUGUAUUGUGUGGAGAAACUGGGGAUCCCUGUGGAGAAAGUGAACCCUAAUGGUGGCGCCAUUGCACUGGGACAUCCACUGGGCUGUACUGGGACACGUCAGACUGUCACCCUACUCAACGAGCUCAAGAGAAGAGGCAAAAGGGGAUUUGGUGUUGUGUCCAUGUGUAUAGGAACAGGAAUGGGCGCUGCUGCUGUGUAUGAAUACCUAGGGCAUUAGUUCUGACUGAUAUCCCACCCACAAUCUGAAGGAAUUCAUUCUGGGAGAUCGAUGGAGACCCCGUUCCUGGUUUCUUCAGUAAAUCUUAAUUCUACUGAUGUAACUUCCUGCUUGUGAUGAUUGGCCCCGCCAGGCUGCCGUAGAUAACUAAUCACACAUAAUCAUUCUCAAUGAGAGGAAGCUAAUCUCCUAUUUGAGACCAACUGCAUUUCUGUUUGAUCCCAGGGAGGAAGAUUAAUGUAUCCGGGGCCCCUGUGGUUUACUAGAAAGUUCUAUUAAUUAACCGUUUCAUGGGGAAAUGAUAUACUGAUUAGUGCAAUAUAAACCCUAAUUAGCUUUCUGUGUUACUUACCAUGGGACGUGUAGCUGUGGCUAACAUCUUAAAGGACCAGUAACAUUAAA